AUGCUUUCAGGUGGGGCAGUCGUGGCUUAUGACAAUAUGAGCCCCUCCGUCUUCCUCCUAUGGCUUGUCACAAUCCCUGUCCUUGCCCACUCUGGCCUAGCUUCUGAUCCUCUAGGGUAUUUUUUAGAUUGCGGGGGCUCCAAAGAGGUAACGGUAGAUAGUAUCAAAUACAUUCCUGAUGGAAGCUACGUCAAGGUGGGUAACACCACCACUAUCAACAAACCAGACUUGCUACCAAUACUAUCAACAUUGCGUUACUUUCCUGAUACAUCGGCUAGAAAAUUUUGCUAUUCAUUUCCCUCCAUCAAAGGUAGCAAAUACCUUGUGAAGACUAUAUACUAUUAUGGAGGUUUUGAUGGAGGGAAGCAGCCUCCUGUGUUUGAUCAAAUCGUUGAAGGAACCAGAUGGAGCAUUGUUAACACCACAGAGGACUAUGCCAAAGGUUCUAGUUCCUACUAUGAGGUUAUUGUAGUGUCAUCAGGGAAGACAUUGAGCGUGUGCUUGGCCAGGAAUUCAAACACAGGGAGUUCAAGCCCGUUCAUUUCAGCUUUGGAGGUGAAGAGGUUGGAUGGUUCUUUGUAUAAUCCUACUGACUUUACCAAGUAUGCACUUGUAUCUGUUGCCAGGCAUGACUUUGGAGGUGAAGAUAUCAUUAGUUUUCCAGAUGACAAAUUCAACCGGAUGUGGCAACCAUUUAAGGACCAGAAUCCUGUUGUGGAAAGUCAUUCAAAUGUAACUAGUUCAGACUUCUGGAACCACCCACCAGCUAAAGCAUUCAGUUAUGGUAUUACCACUAGUAGAGGGAAGACACUUGAAAUUAAGUGGCCACCUGUAUCCCUUCCAAGCACCUACUACUACAUUUCCCUAUAUUUUCAAGACAACAGAAAUCCAAGCCCUUACAGCUGGAGAGUCUUUGAUGUUUCUAUUAAUGGCCAUACUUUUUACUCCAGCCUUAAUGCCACAGCUAAGGGUGUCACAGUUUAUGCUGCACAAUGGCCACUUUCUGGGCAGAGCAAAAUUACCAUGACCCCUGCUGGUGGGGCACCUGUUGGACCCGUGAUCAAUGCUGGGGAAGUUUAUCAGAUUCUGCCUCUUGGUGGUAGAACUCAGACUAGAGAUGUAAUUGCAAUUGGACAUUUGGCUCAAAGCAUUCAGAAUCCACCUCUUGAUUGGAACGGUGAUCCUUGCCUACCUAAAGGGUAUUCGUGGACUGGAGUUACAUGCUCUAAUGAUUUUAUUGCAAGAGUCACCACUGUGAACUUAACAAAUGCCGGGCUGGCUGGGACACUUCCUCCAAGUAUUAGAAAUCUAACCGCACUUGUUCAUCUUUGGCUUGGGGGAAACAAACUCUCAGGCACCAUCCCUGACUUGAGUGAACUGAAGGAGUUACAAACUUUGCAUUUGGAGAAUAACAAGUUUGAAGGAUCACUUCCUCCAUCAACAGUGGAGCUCCCAAAACUACGUGAAAUGUAAGAUUUUGACCCUCUCA